AUGAUAUUUUGAAAUUAAAAUAAAAUCAAUUUCACUAACAAUCUCCUUAAAUUUGCAAUGAAGGAAUUAAUUCUGUUAGUUUUGUGCCUGCUAUUUUUGUCGCAUGCAAAACCUCCAACUUGGAGUCCAAAUGGUUCAUGUGGCAAGAGCAAGUACCACGACGCGGGCAACCACCCCCUACCAACGCCAACCAUCGUUGGAGGCAUCGAAGCCAGGCCGAAUGAGUUUCCCUGGCAGGUAAGUUUGCAAACGAGAGAUGGACGUCACUUCUGUGGGGGGAGCAUCAUAAACGAUCGGUGGGUCCUCACCGCGGCCCACUGCGUCCAAGGAAAGAAGCCAGUGGGCUACAUGGUAGUGGCAGGCAUCCACAAGCUGGACACUGGAGUGAACGCCUCCACUGUCGCGAUGCAUGAAAUUGAAAGUUUCAUCGUUCACGAAAAUUUUAAUUCGAACACGAUUGAAAAUGACAUUGCUCUCACGAAAGUCAAAAAAAGUAUCAAGAUGGACACGAACGUCAACGCUGUAUGCGCGCCAGAUUCCAACGACCAAUACGCUUUUGAGAAGGCUGCCGUCUCUGGGUGGGGACUUUUGAAACCAGGAAGUUUGGAGGGAGCGGACGCGUUGAGAUACACUACCCUCAACACAACCACAAACGAACUCUGCACCAAAAUGCAUUCUGGAUAUAUUGGUAAUAAGCCAGCAGUAACAGUUGACAUGAUUUGUGCAACAGACAACAUGAAUGACACAAAAACAAGCACAUGCCAAAUGGAUUCAGGAGGUCCGCUAGUGAAGAAAGAAAAAGAUGGGAUUUUCAGACUCGUUGGAGUGGUAUCGUGGAGCUUGGGGUGUGCCCAGAAAUAUCCAGGAGUGUACGCCAGGGUCACUCACUUCGAGAAUUGGAUUCUUAAACAUAUUAAAUAAUUAAUCAGACAUUUUAUUGCUAAUAAAAGUGAAUAACGUUUAUUAUUCCAGCCUAAUCGGAUGUUUUAAAAAAACUCGUUUCGAGAUAAUUUAUAUGUAAUUUGUUAUAAACUUGUUUCUACGUCGUGAUGAUUUAUAAUCUCACGAACCAACAAACAUUCAAUUUUGAACUAUAUAACAGAACAUUGAUUUUUGAGUAAAUUAUUAACAAAAGUCAAAGAAUUGAAUUAAGACAAAGACAGGCCAAACUGUUGCUAAGGCAUGAUCGUGAGGUGGAAUAGCAACGGAACCAUGUGAUCAAGUUUUUUUUUCAAAAAUCCUUUUUUAUGAUAAUUUUUUCAAUGUAUUAGUAUUUUCAUUAAAAAAACUUUAUGCUAUUUUGUGUGAAUUCCAAUAAAAAAUGUAAGCAA